AGGGGGUUUUACUCUCAUAUUAUCUCUGUAUAGAGUUAUGAAUUGUACAAUGAAAGUCUCCAAUAGGAUUAGCUGAGUCUCACAUGGCUACACCACAGCUCAACCAUAGCUCAACCAUUCCUUUUCAGUGAGUUUUAUCAUUACACAUCCUGUGAAUUAUUGAAUAAUCAUUUAUUUUCGUUGUGUUUUGUUAAGUUUAUGAACUUGGUGCUUUAAUCUAAUCUCCUAUUUGACUUUUUUAGACUACUUGCAUAACUCCUAAAUACUCCAUUUAAUGUUUUUCUUUGUUUUGAUAUUGUAGCGCUUUUUCUUCGGUUUUGUCUCAAUUUUUAUUGUUCCCUUGCAAGUGUGUUCAUUUUUCUCUAUGUGUACGGUGGGGAGCUUUGAGAGAUAGGAACAGAAGGUUUUCCUCUUCUAUUCUCUCAUUCAGAAUGGACGGAUGACUGAGGAGAUGUAAUUCUUGCUAGUGUUCCAGGAUAGGUGAUGCCGUGAUGGUAGAUCCGCAGUGGCGGAAAGGUGAGAGGAUCAGUGUACGGACGUGGAGAUCCAGUAAUGUUUUUGCUCCAAAUCUGAAGAUAGGUAGAAUGUUUUUGAGUUGACCGAUUUAGUUUUAGGUUUUUUACUCUAUUAUUAUUAUUAUUAUUUAUUUUGUAAAUAAAAUGAGAGAAGCUAA